AUGCAAUUAUCUCCUAUUGAUUUAGAUUAUUUACAUUAAGAAUCCAUAGGAGGAGUCAUUGCCGAUGGAUUGACUGUACUCUAUAACACACAACCUUAAAAACCUAUUGAAUUUCUAGCCAAAUGGUUAUUAUAAUAUUGUAAAACUUCCACUGAGAAAAUUCACUUCUAAAAUGAUGUAUACUAAUCUUUACUAAUAGAUAACAGCUUUAAAAAAAAGAAUAAAACACUUAAAAUUUUAUUCAAUAGUAAAAAUAAGAGAAAGAAAGAUUAGAAGAAUUGUUAAAAAUCAAAUAAUAAUCUUUGCAAUAAUAACUGAAUUACAUUGAUUAUCUUAAAAAUCACCCCUAUCAUUAAGAUUUAAUAAUCGAAGAAUUUCCUGAUUUCUUAAUGAAGAAAUUUGUAAUAAUCUUUUAAUAUUUGAAUUUAGAAUUUAUCUGGUGUGUACAUAUGUUAUUUUAGUCAUUAAAAAUAAGAAGUUGAUAUAGAUCUUGUUGAUGAUGAAAAUGCAUUUAUUAAUCAAAAAGCACCAAAACUAUUAAAAUAUGUAGGAACAUCUUCAAACUAAAAAUUUUUACUCAAUUAAAACUUAACAGAAUAAGCAGUUUUAACAUAUGAAGUACUUAAACCACCUCCUGUGGAAGAAGGCAAAACUCCUGAAACUUAUAAGGGUUGUUAUAUUGCAGAUGUGGUAAAAGAACCUAAAGUUUAUUUUCAUAAGUUUCCAAAAUUAGGAUGUUACUUUGCAAUUCCAAUGAAUUUUGAAACUUCUCUUUUUGAAGUAAUAAAAUAUCAUUUAUAUAAGGAUGCUUUCGAUACAGGAUUAACAAAUAGAAUUAAAUACAAUUCUGAAGUAGAAACAUAAAAGUAAGAAAUUAAAACAAAGGAACUUGAACAUGGUGAACAAUUAUAGAGUGCUGAAGAUGAAGAAUAAAGAUUGUAAUUAGAAGAGGAAUUCAAAAAUUAUCUGUCUUCACUUCCAUAAAUUACAGAACCACCUUUUUUAGGCAUUUAAUAAUAAUAUAUAAUAUGUGGAGAUACUUUGGGAUAAGAUAGAAAACUAUCAUUGGAGGAACGUAAUGAAUUAUAUGAUUUAAUACAAUAAUUUGGAUAAAGUUAUUAGGAUAAAGAAAUUGCUUUAUUAUCAGAAGAUAUUAAUUAAUAAAUUGAAUAUGAAAAUACUAUUCCUGAAAAAUUAGAAGAGAAUUAUUUAGAUUAAGAAAAUCAAUUUGUUGAAUAAUAAGCUGCAAAUUUAGAAGAAUUAAAAGAAACUAAAGAAAGAGAUUACAAUUAUGAAAUAGAGUGUAUUAAAUUUGAUUUCUUAAAGUAAUAAUUUACUGCUAAAGAUUUUGCUUCCACUUUUCUUAACUUAACAAAGAGAAGAGUAAUCAAAUUUCCAAAUAUAAUUAAAGCAUUAUUUUAUUUGUUAGGCUACAAAAAAGAAGAAAUCACAUAAGAAAAUAAAUUGAAUUGGAAAAUUGUAGCUUCCUAUAUUGAUUAUAGAUUUUUAGCUAAAUUAGCACUUAUUAAUCACAGAGGACCAAAAGAGGCUCCUUUGUAACAUGCUACUAUAUUUAGAUUAGAAAAAUUAAUUGAUAUUUAUGAUGAAGAGAAAGUCAUGAAUUAUAAUUGGGCUUUAGGAUAUUUACAAAGAUUUCUUACUUUAUAUUGUAAAUUAAGAAGAGAGGAUGUCGCUAUUAGAAAGGAAAUCUUAUAAGAAAAAAGAGCGCAAUUAUAAGCAUCCAAAGAACUAUUAACUUAGUUAUUAGUAUGAAAUUUAAUAAAUACAUAUAGGAAUAAAAAGAAAUAGAUUUAUAAUCAUCUAAAGCAAACUUUUAAGGAGAAGAAGGUGAAGAAUUUAAUGAAGAAAGAUGGAUUGAACAAUGGGAAUCAGAACAUAAUUUACCUGAAAUUGGACCUGAACCUUAAGAUGAAAUUGAUGAUGACUUAGAAUGAUA